AUGGUGCAGCUUCGGUCCCGUGCAUCCCGCACCCCGGUGUCGGCCGAGGCGAUGGUGGAUGAAGACCAGCUAGCCUCGGAGGAGGAGGCGGAGCACGGACUGCUGCUGGGACAGCCCAGUAGCGGCGCCGCCGCCGAGCCCCUGGAGGAGUACGAGGACGGGGAUGACGAGUUUGACGACGAUGCCCCGGAGGAGCUGACUUUCGCGAGUGCCCAGGCGGAGGCGAGAGAGGAGGAACGACGAGUGCGGGAGACCGCGCGCAGGGAUAAAACUCUCCUCAAGGAGAAGCGGAAACGGCGCGAGGAGCUGUUCAUUGAACAGAAGAAAAGAAAACUCCUUCCAGAUGCCAUUCUAGAGAAGUUAACUGCCCAAACUCCUAACAUAAAGAAACCACCAGGAAAGUUGAAGGAAGGUAAUCCACAAAAGAAAAAUGAAGGCCAUGAAAAAAGAAGUGACUCCAAGAAAUCUAAAGUGCAAAAACUACAGUCUGUUGGGAAGAAUAAAAGAUAUGUGGCUUUAAGGCUCAAAGACCAAGACUUGAAAGAUUCAAGACAAGCAGCAGCUAAAGCCUUCAUACAGAAUUCUUUAUAUGGUCCAGGAACCAACAGAACGACUGUAAAUAAGUUCCUGUCUCUUGCCAAUAAGAGGUUACCGGUGAAGAAGGCUGCAGCCCAGUUCUUGAAUAAUACUUGGGGAGCUCAGAGAAAACAAAAUGCCAAGAGGUUUAAAAGACGGUGGAUGUUCAGAAAGAAAAUGUCUGGGAAAGGAAAUCGAAGCUGA